GGAGGAGAAAAACCCGCGGGGAAAGGGCGAAGCGCACCUUCGCGGGGGGCAAAUAUCCACGUGAGGAGGAGGGCCGGGGGCGGCCGCGAGGGGGCAGUUUUCCAUCAGGCAUCGCCGAGGACACCCCUUGUCGUAGUCAAGAAGCGCCGGGGCGACGCGGGAGGCCCCACCCCGCCCCCUGGGCCAGGGCCGCCUCCCGCCCUCAGUCCUCUCGCUCGCUCUCGCUCGACCUCCGCGCUCGGCCAAGAUGGCGGCUGCUGUCCGGGCCAUCGGGAGCCUCACGCGCUUCACGCCCGCCCUCAAGUACUGCCGGGCCCGGGGCUGCCGCUCAGGUGAGGCGGGGGGGGCAGGGGAGAAGGGGGCGCCCGGGCCUCGUUUCCCGGGGGGGGAGGGGAAGGGGACCCCCCCGGGCCCCGCUCCCCCCGGACCCUCCGGACCCCGUUCUCGGCCCCUGCUGCUGCUGAGAGGCAGGGGGUCCCUGAAGGUCAUCGGCACCUCCCCAGCCCUCCCCCCUCCUCUUCCCUUCCAGGGCCAUAGCUGCCAACUCCCCCACCCCCUUUUAAGGGAAAUGCCCUUAUUCCCAAUAGGAAAGAUAUUAAUAAAGAAUAUGUCCUCUCCUGCCACCCUGAACACCCCCACAUUGGGGUCUGUCCCCACUCUAGAAUCUUAUGAUGCUAUCCCAGGGCAUAGCUGCCAACUUUCCCCCCUUUUUUAAGGGAAAUGCCCUUAUUCCGAAUAGGAUUCCUCGCAAGAAAAGGGAAAAGUUGACAGCUAUGAUUGUGGCCUCUUUAUUCUUUUAAGAGGAAUUCAAGAGAACUUACCAGGAACUAUACAGACUGAAUUGUGUAAUAGUGAGAGGCUCACACGAGCCUGCAGCCAGCUAUCUGCUGUGCAUGUAAAAAGGGGAAUGUAGACGCUGCUAAGAAAAGGAACUUACUAGCGCAAGUUAGGAAGGAUAUUGAUAAAGAAUAUGUCCUCUCCUGCCACCCUGAACACCCCCACAUUGGGGUCUGUCCCCACUCUAGAAUCUUAUGAUGCUAUCCCAGGGCAUAGCUGCCAACUCUCCCCCUUUUUUAAGGGAAAUGCCCUUAUUCUGAAUAGGAUUCCUCGCAAGAAAAGGGAAAAGUUGACAGCUAUGAUUGUGGCGUCUUUAUUCCUUUUAAGAGGAAUUCAAGAGAACUUACCAGGAACUAUACAGACUGAAUUGUGUAAUAGUGAGAGGCUCACACGAGCCUGCAGCCAGCUAUCUGCUGUGCAUGUAAAAAGGGGAAUGUAGACUCUGCUAAGAAAAGGAACUUACUAGCGCAAGUUAGGAAGGAUAUUAAUAAAGAAUAUGUCCUCUCCUGCCACCCUGAACACCCCCACAUUGGGGUCUGUCCCCACUCUAGAAUCUUAUGAUGCUAUCCCAGGGCAUAGCUGCCAACUUUCCCCCCUUUCUAAGGGCAAUUCCCUUAUUCCGAAUAGGAUUCCUCGCAAGAAAAUGGAAAUUUAACAGCUAUGAUUGUGGCCUCUUUAUUCUUUUAAGAGGGAUUCAAGGGAACUUACCAGGAACUAUACAAUUCAACCUGAGGCAGACUGAAUUGUGUAAUAGUGAGAGCCUGCAACCAGCUAUCUGCUGUGCAUGUAAAAAGGGGAAUGUAGACUCUGCUAAGAAAAGGAACUUACUAGCGCAAGUUAGGAAAGAUAUUAAUAAAGAAUAUAUCCUCUCCUGCCACCCUGAACACCCCCACAUUGGGGUCUAUCCCCACUCUAGAAUCUUAUGAUGCUAUCCCAGGGCAUAGCUGCCAACUUUCCCCCUUUUUUUAAGGGAAAUGCCCUUAUUCCAAAUAGGAUUCCUCACAAGAAAAGGGAAGAGUUGACAGCUAGGCCUUCCACCCUCUUCCCUCCACCCACCCCCCCGGGCCCUGGCUGGGCUCCUCGCUUCCGCAACCACUGGCCGCCCAAAGGUCUCUCUAGCUGCCCCUUCCUUCUCUUUUUCCCCUUGUGCCUCCCCCAAUGGAAUCCUUUAAAAAAUAGGUAUAUAUUAAAUAUUUUGUUCAUUUAUGAAAGUAUGUGCAAUGUCUCUCUCUCUCUCCCGCCCCCCCCCCGUAACAUUUUUUACAGAUCAGUUUCAUUUGUUGAGACAUUAGGAAGAAAAGGGGGAAAGAGGGGGGGGAGAUGAGGGGGUGGGUGGCGAUGUUUCUAUUUUACUUACUAAUUGUAGGGUUUGGUGUCAGUGUUGUUUGUGCAGGUUCUUUGCUGUUCACUUGUGUUCCUUUGGUGGUGAGAGAGGUUGGGGUUGGCCCAGGGUGUGGUUGUUUGUUUGUGAUUGGCUGUGGUGAUCUUUGUUUUCGUGUGUGAGUGGGGUGGGUGGGUGUUUUGGAUCAGGCUAGCCAUAUUGAUUUGUAUGCUGUUGGUGGAUUUUUGUCGUUGUCUUGUUGGGCUGUGUAUGUGAUAAAGGGGAGACAUACCGGGGUGAAGGCGUCUUCUUCUAUUUGUCCCCGUGUCAGUUUCAGUUUAUUGGUUAAUUUUUCUAGUAGGGCUGUUUCCCAUACUACUUGGUACCAUUGGUCCAUGCUUACUCCCCCCUAUGGAAUCCUUGAACGGUAGAGUGGGAAGGGACCCCCCCCUCAAAGGUCAUCUGGUCCAACCCCCCCCCCCAUGAUGGGUCAGUGCACCUGGCUGCUAACCAGAAAUUUGCUGGUUCUGGCCCACCAGGAUGCUUGCCUUGCAGGGGGUUGGACUAGAUGACCCUCGAGGUGCCCUUCUAACUCUGCAAUUCUGUGAAUGCAGGAAUCUCAGCUCAAGCCCCCGUGGCAGAUGGCCACCCAACCUCUGCUUUAAAACCUCCAAGGAAAGAGAGUCCUCCGCUUUUCAAGGUACACCAUUCCAAUGUCAAAACAGCUCUGACUGUCAGAAGGUUCUUCCUAAGGUUUAGUCGGAAUCUCCUUUCUUGCAGCUGGAAUUUGAGUCCUACCCUCCAGAGCAGGAGAAAGCAAGCUUGCUCCCAUCUUCCAUGGAACAGCCCUUGAGAUAUUUGGAGAUGGCUAUCCUAUAUCUCAGUCUCCUCUUUUUAUUUUAUUUUAUAAAAGUUAUACACCGCUUGAUUGUAAAAAAACAAACAAACAGCUCAGAGUGGUUUACAAAAAGAUAAAACAGUAAAAUCAAGGAAAAUAGAAAAAAAUAGAAAAGCUAAAAUACUAAAACAGAUUAUGAUUUCUUGAACUUUCUAAGCAUCUGGAUAGGCUUGCCAAAAACAGUACAGUGAGGGUGUCUGCUUGAUCUCAGUAGGCAGGGAGUUCCAAAGUGCAGGCGCUGCCACACUCAACAAUCAAGUUCUUUCAGAUGUGGAAUGGGUAUUAUUUGGUGCAUGUAGUGAUGCCAAUUCUGCUGAUUGAAGUGGUUGAGUGGGCACGUGUGAGUUAAAGUGAUAUUGUAGGUAAACUGGUCCCAAGUCAGUGGUUAUCAAAUGUCCCCCACUGGAGUCCUCCAGAAAAGCCUCAGUGUUUAAACUGAUCAGUAGAAAGUGCUUUCCUACAGUGUUCUUCCUUGGCUGGUGCCUCCUAAGAUUGACUGUUCCAAAAGCAGAGGUGGUGAGCCUGUCAGCUGUGGGCAAAACUGGGCACCCUAAUAUGGUGCUGAGCUGAGAGAUUGAAACCUCUCAGCUCAGCACCGUGAUGUGGUGACUGACUUUGCCAGACCUUGCAUAUGUGCAUGAGAGUGACAUUUGGCCAUUGGAGGAUUGGCCAACCCUUAAGUAGUAGUAAUAAUUAUUAUUUAUACCCCGCCCAUCUGGUUUUAAGUAUGUCCUGUGGGUCAAAAUCCUUAGCUUCUCCCAUUCUAAAGAAUUUGGGGACUUAGAGGGAACUGGGAGACCCUGAAUUCAUGCUAGCGCUGCAGGAUUAUGGGACAUGUGGAAGUGCCUCACUGUUGUAUCAGACUUGAGUGCAUUCUGGUCCAGCAUCCUCUUUCUAAUAACAGCCAGCCAGAUACUUUUGGGAAGCCCACAAGCAGGGUUUGAAGGCUGCAGACCUUCCUGGCUGAAUAUCCCCAUAAUUCGAAAGGUUUACCUGGUGUUUCUGCUUAGCUGUCACAGCUAAUAGCCGUUGGUAGGUCUUUUACUAAUAGCUGUUGGUAGGUCUUUUACCAAUGGAUUUAUGUAAUCCCCUUUUAAAGCCAUUCAAGAAACUCUACUAUUCUGGGACCGGCAAUAAGGAAUCAUGUAGGAAUCAUGUAGGCAGUAAGGAAUCAUCAGACAAAGCAGGUAUAUAAUCCAGCUUUCCCUACCCAGCUGUGAUCAGCCAGAUUCUACUGGAGAAAAGCAUGUAGACAACAACUUCCUUUUCUGCCAGUCGAGUAGCCGAUACUUGGAACUGCAGUUUCUCUCGACAAAAAAGAUUAAAUUCAGUUACAGCAGAGUGCUUCCCUGAGAUAUUCCUCACAGCUCUCUGCUCAAAAACACAAAGUUCGCAAGGAAAGACGUUGAGGACUAGUGUAGACUUGUGUGUUCUUUUGUGUAUCAAGUUAUGAGGAUUUUUUGGGGGGGUGACACGGGGGUGAACUGUUUCCUUCGCACCCUGCUUGUGAACACCCCCCAUGGCGCUUCAGGGGGGUGCAUUGUGUGCCUGGACCAGAGGGAGCUUUUGGCUUGAUCCCCAAAAGUGCAUGUCUUAGGAUGGCUUAUUCUGGGAAAAUGAAAUAGACAGUAUUUGCCUUGCAUCAGAAAAACAGCAUAGUGGGUACCUGUCUAGGCUUCCUGGGGAGAGACACCUCCAUGUGUCCUUCAAAAGUGGCCUUGGUUGUAUGGGCAGAGUCAGGUUGCUUCCUUUCUAAAUUUCAUCCUUUUGUUAUCUGAACAUGCUGGGCAUCUUCCAGGCCUUCGUUAACUGCAAAUCGAAGGACACUUUCUAAUCCUGUUAAAUGUGUGCAGUCUCCCAGGUUUCCUCUGUACCCAGGCCUGUAUUUUUUCUGUUGUAGUUGGAUUUAAAGCCAUCUCCUCCUAAAGUGCAACUUAAAAAACACACAAAACCCCCAACCUUCCGCAGAGUUUCUUCUAAAUGGCAGUACAGUCGUACUUUGCAUCUCGAACGACUUGCAAGACGAACGUUUCGGCUGCCGAAUGCCGCAAAUCCGGAAGUGAUUGUUCCGGUUUGCAAAUGUUCUUUCGAACCCGAACCUCCGUCACGGCUUCCGAUUGGCUGCAGGAGGUUCCUUCAGCCAAUCAGAAGCCACACCUUGGUUUCCGAACUGUUUUGGAAGUUGAACGAACUUCCGGAAUGGAUUCUGUUCAACUUCCAAGGUACCACUGUACAAGAAAUAUUUGGUCCUGCAUGGGGAAGGCCCUUGAUCUCCAGGGUUUGUGUUUCUGGGAGAGGGAAGUUUCUGGAAAACAAGAUGGGGAGAAGGGUUGAUGUAGUCAUACCGAACGCUGUGUUGCAACAUAACAUUUGGCGAUUGCCAUGAAAUGGCCUGCAGUCUGGAGCCUCUUCGUUCAUUGUCAGGUUGUGGCAAGCUCAGAAGCUGCUCUGGGCUUGAGCUGAAUGGCAUUUGUUCGUAUGAGAUGACUGAUCCUCUUUCCUGCUACCUCGCUUGUGUAUAAGCAGCCAGAGAAGCAGUAAGCAUUAGGAACCCUAAAAACAGUGUAAGGCUUCUUUGUAGCAAAAAGGCACCAUCUUGACACUUCUGUAUUGUGUCACAGAGAAGGUCUGAUUUUAAAAUAUUUGCUUUCAAGGUGGCGGGGGGGGCACUUACCACUAUUGGGCCUGCCUAAAGGCUCGCCCCCACUGUUGCUUGACCUGUAUUUUGACCAUAUUGUGUCCCGAAAAGUUCCCCAGGGUCCGACAGCUUUUCUCAAUGUUGCCCAGCUCUGCCUUACGGAAAUCCGAAAUUGCUUGCUGAAUUGAAGAUCUGUUAAACAAAAUCUAUCUUUGGAUUUUCUGUGUAUCUGAGAAGAUCCACUUCAGUGGGCAAGACUGUCCAGGGACACAACAAAGACGAAAGUUUUUGGACCCCGGGGGAAUUAAUCUGUACAGAAAAUAUGAUUAAAUAUUAUCGAAAUUUGGGUCGAGCAAAAGUGUGGAUGAGGCCUUUGCAGUGAAGCAGCUUGGUUUUUGUGAUGUUAGCUCGAGCGCCUGGGCAAGAAAGGGGCAGGUCCUUCACAUCCCAAUAAGCAUUUGUGAGCAGUGCAUUUUCAUCUGCACAGAAUAUGUGAAACAUAACUCUGGCAGAUAGCUCUGGCAUCUUUCUGAGCUGGCUCUGCUCUCAAGAUAGCAGGAGCCCUCCAGUCCCCCCCGAAGAGACUCCCUGGCAAUUUCAUCAGGUGCUGUGUCCAACCUACAAAGUGCCGGCAUUUAUGGGCACGGCAGGAUGUAGGUGAAAGGUCCUUCCCUUUCCACUCUGGAAAUGUGGAGCAAAGGACAUGGCGCACCUCCAGCUUUGGGGCUGGGUCACGUGACCAGCUUGCGCAACGCAGCAUAUUUGGCCUCUGAUAUGGUGGCUCCCCCUCCCCUCAGAUGGACUUGGGACCCUCUGGAACAGGCUGCCGUGUCUUGUUAACACAAUGGAUAGAUCAGAUCAAGUUUCAGAGUUUCACUUAAUAAUUAGCAAUGCUCAGACUUCCAGGUGUAUGUUGGGAAACCAUGCGUGGAAAAGGCACAUAGCAAACACUCCGAAACGCCAAACGUGCCAUGAUGGCUUGUGUAAACAUGUGCAAGGCGAUGUUGAGUUUUCAAGUCCUUUAAACCAGGGUGGAUAAAAAUCCAUUGGGUUUUUUUGAUUUAAAAUGGAUUUUUAAAAAACACACCAGAUUUUUAAAAAAUUAAAUGCUUUUGGAGGAAAAUAGAGUUUUCUGUUUAAGUUGCAUUAUAGUCCAAAGGCUAUUCAUCAGGAAAUAAGGAUUUGUUUUAAGUUUUUCAUGUGUGCCAAAACUCAGUCUAAGUUUUUUUUUAAAAAAACAAUAAAACCUUUAACAGCAUCAGUUAACAAACAUGGAUAUAUAUGCUAUAAUGUUAUUGUUUUAGUUAAAGAAAUUGUUUAAAUUGUUACUAAGGAAAUUAUUAUUUUUCUCCUUCCAAUAAAGUACAGCAGAAAAGUUGUCCAGAUAUAAACAAUAAUUUCAUAAUUAUCUGUCGAUAUAUUUCUAAUAGCAUAAUCAAAUCAGUAAUUUCUGAUAUAACUGUAAAAGCUACUCUGAAAAUUUAUUAUUCCAGAAAUGAAACCUUCAUCUGGUUGUAAAUAUUAAGAUGAUACCAGCAAGAAUGAGUCUUUCUGUAAAAAAAUUAUUUAAAUCAAGUCUUACUGACCAGUGAUUUAAAUCGAUUCUUACUGACUAGUGAUGUACAUUGAUUUGAUUUAAAUCAAAUCCACCCUGCUUUCAACUGAGCCUCAUCACUCAGAAAGAGACUUUGCCUGAAGGCACCAGCAGGGAUGGGAAAUGUUCUGAUUUAUUUGCUGGUCCAAAGUAACUCCUGAAAUCUCUCUUUGUCUCAGGUUAUGCCUGCCGAAACCUCAGCACGUCCUCCCCUCUUAAGUGUAAGUCAGUUCUUGGGUCUGGUGGGGGUUGGUGGCGAUGACGGGGGUUCUGCCCUGGUUCAAAGAAAUCUGUCAGAGAAGGCGAGUUUGCUGGGGGACGGUGUUUCGGGUUGCGUUUUUCACCCUUGUAGUAAUAACAAGGAGACCGUAGUGACUUCAGUGUAGUUGGGGGGGGAGGAACCUUUCCCCCUCCAGGAUCAACCUUGCAGGCCUAUUUUUUUAAAAUCAUUUUUAUUGAUUUUCCAAUAAAAACAGCCAGUCAACAUAUCUGCAUCAUAAUCCAAUUAAAAACAAUAAACUAAAAUAAAAAAAUGUCCAAAUUGUAAUUAUUAAUUUUUCCGGGCUCCGCAUAGUCUGGACCUCUGAAGCUGUCUCCAAAUCUUCAUUCCUGCCUCUUCUCAUUGUUUUCAUAUUUUCCGCCUUCUGAUCUUAACACUUUAAAGUUCUCCGUCCCUGGCUAUGCGAUUCUCAGUCAUGUCAAAAAUCAUAUGUCCUUUCAUCCAUCGAAGACAACCUUGCAGGCCCAAUUUGACAGGUGGAUGGGGCCACCCACAUGUCCUCACACAACACUGUUGUGAUGUCACAUGAUUGACAGGUGGGUGCAGCCCCCCACCUCUCAAAAUCCCCUCCAUAACGAGAGAGGCUGGCACCCCUGGCACCCAGAUUUGCCCAUGAGCCUAAAAUGGUUGGUGGCCCCUGUCCUAAGUUUUGUUGAAGUCCUGCAUGAAAUAAUAAUAAAUAUAGAAUCAUAGAAUCUUAGAGUAGGAAGGUACCCCGAGGGUCAUAUAAUACAACCCCCUGCAAUAUAGGACCCUCAACUAAAGCAUCCAAGACAGAUGGCCAUCCAACCUCUGUUUAAAAACCUCCAAGGAAGGAGAGUCCAUCACCUCCCAAGGGAGUCCGUUCCACUGCCAAACAGCUCUUACAAUCAGAAGGUUUUUCCGAAAGUUUAGUCAGGAUCUCCUUUCUUGCAACUUGAAGCCAUUGUUUCAAGGAGAAAACAAGCAUGCUCCAUCCUCUGUGGGACAGUCCUUGAGAUAUUUGAAGAUGGCUCUCAUAUCUCCUGUCAGUCUCCUCUUUUCCAGGCUGAACAUACCCAGCUCCUUCAACCGCUCCUCAUGAGGCUUUGUUUCCAGACCCUUGAUCAUCUUGGUUGCCCUUCUCUGCACACAUUCCAGCUUGUCAACAUCUCAAAUUGUGAUGCCCAGAAUUGGACACAGUAUUCCAAGUGUGGUCUGACCAAGGCAGAAUAGAGUGGGACUAUUCUUUCAUUUGGGACGCGGGUGGCGCUGUGGGUUAAACCACAGAGCCUAGGACUUGCCGAUCAGAAGGUCGGUGGUUCGAAUCCCCAUCACGGGGUGAGCUCCCAUUGCUCGGUCCCUGCUCCUGCAACCUAGCAGUUCGAAAGCACGUCAAAGUGCUUCCCGCUCCGGCGGGAAGGUAAACAGCAUUUCCAUGCGCUGCUCUGGUUCGCCAGAAGCGGCUUAGUCAUGCUGGCCACAUGACCCGGAAGCUGUACGCCGGCUCCCUCGGCCAAUAAAGCAAGAUGAGUGCCACAACCCCAGUCGGCCAUGACUUGACCUAAUGGUCAGGGGUCCCUUUACCUUUACCUAUUCCUUCAUUUGACCUGGACACUAGACUUCUGUUGAUGCAGCCUAGAAUAGCAUUAGCUUUUUUUGCUGCUGCAUCACACUGUGGACUCAUGCUCAGCUUGUGGUCCACCAAGACCCCUAGAUCCUUUUCACAUGUACUGCUAGUAGGCCAGGUUUCCCCUCAUCCUAUAUUUGUGCAUCUGGUUCUUCCUGCCUAAGUACAGAACCUGACAUUUUGACAUUUGCCCCUAUUGAAAUGUCCCUAUAAAUCUCUCUUUUACCCCACUCCAGCAAGAAGCCAUGUCAACUAUGACAUCAAAGGAGAUGUUGCUGUCGUGCGCUUUAACUCUCCAAAUUCCAAGGUAGGUUUUCUUGUCGCUUCCCUGCGGGCUCAAGCAGUUUAAACUGUGCAGAGAGGUUUAAAGGGGUGCCUGGGAGUCAUGGAGAUGGAAAGGAGGGAGACGGUAUGCCAGACCUAAUAGAAGGGUGUGCUGCCGGCUGCUUACGAGUACAUUUCAAAGCUUCAAGACAUUUGGCAUGCCACCGCCUUCCUGAUGCUGUUCCAUGUUGGCGGGGACAAGCAAGGGCCACUCUCUUCCAGAGUGGGAGCUUGCCCUUUGCCCGCCUUGGCUUCAGCUUGCCUGUUCAUUUCCACCAGGUCAACACCCUCUCCAGGCAGCUGCAAGAUGACUUUUCCGCCGUAAUGAACGAAAUCUGGGCCAACGAGGCCGUCAGUAGCGCCGUCCUGAUCUCGUCAAAACCCGGCUGCUUCAUUGCUGGCGCAGACAUCAAGUAAGUUCCACCGGGGCGGGAAGAGGGGUCCCAUUGGGUGGAGAAAUGGGCAAACCGGUCGUGUGCUUCGGGGCAGCCUUUGCCUGCUUGCUGCCCUCCAGAUGUGCUGGGCUCCCAUCAGCCACAGCCUCCCCUAAUGGGAGCUGCAGUCCAGAACAUUGGAGGUGCGCCAAGCCGGCAAAGGCUGCUUUGGAGAAUGGCUUCCCAAUCUUUUCGGGUCUGUGGGCACGUUUGCCAAUGGGGCUGGCUGUUGUGGACACCACACACACACACACACACACACACAUUGCAACCUGUUCUGUUGGCUUUCAAACCUCGUUUUGGUAGAGGGGACUCUGUGGGUGUUGAGUUGUCGAAGUCAGUUGGAAGUUCAUCACACCUCAACCUGUGUGAUGCAUCAGGAGAGUAAGCGGAGGCCCAGCAGAGGCCUCAGAGAUUUCCUAUUCCCUUUUUCCCCCCCAAUUUUUUUUAUUAGUUUUCACAAUAUUAUAAACAAUCAAACAAACACACAAGACAAACAAACAUAAAUCAUAGCCGUAUUGAAAAUUACACUUAUUAACUUUGUUAAGUGACUUCCUCGCUUUCCCUUGGUUGAAUUUCAUUGCAUGUCCUUUUAACGGUUUUCUAAAUUCCAAUUCUUAUGAAAUUUAACUUAAACAUUAACAUCCUUAAAUCUUCACCUUAUGGAAUUAAACAUACUAAUUCAUCACUUAACAUAAAUAAAAUCCUAAGCCAAUUAAGUAUCUGCAAGCUGUUUUCAGUUAAUUUAACUUAACAAAUUUAACUAGUUAAUCAUUAAAUUUAUUCCACUCUUCCUGAUACUCCUCCCCCUUCUGGUCACGGACUCUUCCGGUUAGGUCGGCUAGCUCCAAAAAAUCCAUCAUCUUCAUCUGCCAUUCUUCUAUUGUUGGUAAUUCUUGGGUUUUCCACCUUUUAGCUAACAAAAUACGAGCAGCAGUUGUGGCAUACAAAAAUAAUUUAAUAUCUUUCUUGGGCAAUUCCAAACCUGUUAUUCCAAGAAGAAAGGCCUCUGGUUUCUUUAUAAACGUAUAUUUCAACAUUUUUUUCAAUUCAUUAUAAAUCUUUUCCGAGAAGUCUUUCACCUUGGGACAGGUCCACCACAUAUGAUAAAAGGUUCCUUCCUUUUCUUUACAGUUCCAACAUAUAUUGUCACAAUUAUGAUAUAUCUUUGCUAAUUUUACAGGAGUCAAAUACCAUCUAUACUUCAUUUUCAUUAUAUUUUCCUUUAACAGAGUACAUGCGGUGAACUUGACCCCUUUCUUCCACAAUCUUUCAGAGAUUUCCUAUUCCCAGCAGCUUCUUACAGAGUUCCCAGUUAAGGAAAAGCUCCUCUCCCAUACAGUAGCACAGUGUUUAUUGCUAACACUGUCACCAUCCUAGUUGACGCUGCUGUGCCUAACCCAUAGCCUCUUCCCCUGACUCUCACAGAUUCAGAGUCAGACCCCAACAGCAAACAGGACAUGCAAGACAAGACAAGCAACAGGACAUAAUGAAAGCAAUGCCCUAGAUGGGAGCCUUCUCGGUAGUGGCGCCUGUCCUGUGGAACGCCCUCCCUUCAGAUGUGAAGGAAAUAAGCAGCUAUCCUAUCUUUAAAAGACAUCUAAAGGCAGCCCUGUUUAGGGAAGUUUUUAAUAUUUAAUGCUGCAUUGUUUUUAACACUCGAUUAGGAGCCGCCCAGAGUGGCUGGGGAAACUCAGCCAGAUGGGCGGGGUAUAAAUAGUAAAUUAUUAUUAUGAUAUUAUCAUCCCUGCCUGCCACUACUUCAGAUUGGAGCAGCUGCUGCCCUCGCCGUAGUUGGCUGGUGAAAGGUGCCUGUUUUGCAGAGCCUUGGUUACACAGAGGUCUACUUGGGACCCAGAGCAGUAGCACCCGCCUCCCUUCUUACUUACUAGCUGGUGACAGGUAGUUCAGAGGUAGCUAUCUCUUCACAAGUGAGAUGUUGGGACCCUGCAGGAACAAAAGCCGACUCUUGGGGAAAUACCUCCAGAAAGGAAGUCCCCUGAGAGGUUGGGCCAGUUCACACUGUUAAAGUUUGUGGGUCGUAAAUCCUUUGACCCACGGAAUCUGCUGCAACGGCACUGCAAUAAAUUAGAUUUAUUUCCACUCCGACAAAUUUCAGUGGCGCCCACACACUUCCACUCGCGCGCUGCCACUCUUCUCAGUUGUCGGACGUUAGCAGAGUUCACACGCAGCGUAAGAGGGCUUUGUCUGUGUGGUGUCUUCAAUAACUCAGCUUGACACCAGUGCUUCUAAUCUAACACUCUUUAUUUAGAAGCAUACAAAAACGGAAAUGAAAAACCUACAGAAUCUAGUUGCAUGCCUGCAGCUUUCUGCCUCUAACAAAACGAAACUACCUUGCUCACAUUCUCAGACAGACUGCUCUCUGCAGCCCCCAGAGAGCAUAGAUCAAAGGAAAAUGCCCGGAUCAUGUGGGCAGUGCACCCAGUUAAUAAGAACACUUCCUAGAGUGUUAACUCUUAGCUGUCCAGAACCACAACACACACCCCACACACUCCCUCACAUGCACCAGGGUCUGGGACAGCAGAUCUGUGUUGCAGCAGAGUCUGACAAAGUGAGGAGACGGUUGCACCCAGUUGCAGCACACACCUGCUUCCCUAGCAGCAGUCACACAGAGUUGGGCGAAGGAGGAGCCCUGUGUCACUGGGCAGGCAGCUUGAAUUGCUUCUCUGCAGAGGUAGAGGGUGGAUGACUUUGUAAGUUGGGCAGCGGUGCGCCUCGUUCACAGCCACGAAACUCUCUCUUUGUCCUGCCCGUAGCAUGAUUGAGGCCUGCCAGUCCAGCCAAGAAAUAACUCUACUUUCUCAGGAAGGACAGAAGAUGCUGGAGAAGCUUGAGAAAUCGCCAAAGCCCAUCGUUGCUGCUAUCAGCGGGUCCUGCCUUGGGGGAGGACUAGAGGUAGGGAGCAGCCGGGAGAAUGGUGUGCGUGUGACUGUGUUCUCUGCAUUUGCCAUAAGGGAAGGAUCCUGGCUCGCCUCCAGACCAGCUGCUCUGCGUCCAAAAGGCCCUGGUCUCAGUCCCCAGCAUCUCCAGUGUGGGAGAGCCAGUGUGGUGUAGUGGUUAAGAGUGGUGUUACUCGUAAUCUGGUGAACCAGGUUCGCUUCCUGUAGCAUCACAGAAUUGUAGUGUUGGAAGGGAGCCAAAGGGUCAUCGGGUCCAGCCCCAUGGAAAUCCUCAGCCAGGCCAUUGGCUCACCUAGCUUAGGGCUCUGCAGACUCUGGCUAGCAACAGUUUCCCACUAGACCAGCCAGCGUGGUGUAGUGGAUAAUAGUGGUAGACUUGUAAUCUGGUGAACUGGGUUCACUUCCCCAUUCCUCCACCUGCAGCUGCAGCUGCUGGGUGACCUUGGGCCAGUCACACUUCUCUGAAGUCUCUCAGCCCCACUCACAGAGUGUUUGUUGUGGGGGAGGAAGGGAAAGGAGAAUGUUAGCCGCUUUGAGACUCCUUCGGGUAGUGAUAAAGUGGAAUAUCAAAUCCAAACUCCUCUUCUUCUUCUCGUCUUCCAUGGAGGGCUGGGAACGCCCAGUCCUGUCCAAACCUCCUGAGAGCCCUUGACCAUUCUAAGCCAGAUGGACGCAACCGCCUGACUGUGCAUUCAGGAAGCUUCCUGUGUUCCCUUUCCAGGUUGCCAUUGCUUGCCAGUACAGAAUAGCAACCAAGGACAAGAAGACUGUCCUGGGAACCCCAGAGGUGCUGCUGGGGCUGCUGCCGGGGGCAGGAGGCACCCAGAGGCUCCCCAAGAUGGUGAGUGGGUGAACACCCCACCCAGAGAGGGAGGGAAUCUGCCUUUCCAGCAUCCCUGCUCUUCUGGCAUGUAAAACUCAUUUUCCUUCCGCGUUUCAGGUGGGGCUUCCUGCUGCCUUUGACAUGAUGCUGACCGGAAGAAACAUCCGUGCUGACAGAGCGAAGAAGAUGGGGCUGGUGGACCAGCUGGUGGAUCCUCUAGGUUAGCUGGAGACGCUUCUAGGUGCACACACCUGCCCCGUGGCCUUGCACCUGGCUUGGUGUGGUCUGUGAUGUUUCAGGCCCCAAGGCAGGGGCGGGGAACCAUCGCUGAGCUGCAACUCCUGUCAGUCCCAGCAAAUACAGCCAGCGGCCAGGGAUGGUGACGGGACUUGUAGGGCAGCAACACCUGCAGGGACAAAAGCCCCUGAGGCUGGAGGGGGAAAACAUACCUUGCAGCCGCUGCCGCAAGCAAUCUCGCUGCCACAUUCUGCCCCAGCUGCAGCCUCUGGGCCAACUACUGCAGUAAUUCAGCCAUGUGGUCAAGCUGUCGCAGUCUAGGAACGUCUGCGGCUGCCUUAAACAGUCGACCAAAGGCUCCAGUGAGAGAGCUGGAUGCAGGAUUCUCCCUUAGGGAGUCUGUCUCCUUUGAAUGCACCUUCGCUUCCUGCUAAAACAGCACCUCUGCCUUCGCAGGGCCAGGGAUCAAGAGCCCUGAGGAGCGGACGCUGGAGUACCUGGAGGAAGUGGCCAUCACCUUUGCCCGAGGCCUCGCCAAGAAGACGAUUUCGCAGAAAAGGAACAAGGGGCUGAUGCAGAGUGAGUGGCCUGGCCUGGCCUGGCUCCGGGGGCAAGCUGCCCUGGCCCUUGGCCUCCCUGGGGUCGGCCCCCUGGGCCGUUUCCUCCCUUGAACCUGCUUUGCGUUGCCUUGCAGAGAUGAUGGACUAUGCCAUGGGCAUUGCCUUCGUGCGGCAGCAAGUCUACAAAACGGUGGAGGGCAAAGUGCGGAAGCAAACGAAAGGCCUCUACCCGGCUCCCCUUAAGAUCAUCAAGGUGAGGGCCAUCUGUGCGCAUGAGGGAGGGCAGAGGGACCUCUGUGCCAGGGUGUGAGUGUUGGGAUGCUGCCGGGGAGACGGGGGCAUUUGGCAGGCCCCCAGCUGGCUCCAGCCACCGGCCGGCAGCUUGACGAUCUCCGGUUCCUGGAACAGCAUCAAUCAGCGGACAGAGACAUGUGCAAGCGUAUUUACAGCAUUUAUUCAGCAUAGUUUAGGAACAAAGGAAAAAACAUGUCUGCUUCCCUUCGUGUCCAGCAAAACAGCAGGAAAGCAAAAGCAAUAUACAAACGGAAGUUCCCAGCAAGCCUGUGCUGGAAGUAAGCAGGCAUGUGACACACAACAGUCAUGCCUGCUCCUUUUAAGGUGGAACGGAACUAUAUCCUAACAGUGAGCACACUUGGUUUCUGCCCUGCGUGUGGCAAAACACUGGCAUCUCUAGUUCUGCCCGUCUUUAGGUGGGGUUGGACGAGUUGACCUUGGACCCACCCAACUUGCAUGGCCAGUAGCCAGGAUGGCUGUCCUCUGCCGGCACAGUUGGCAGGGGAUUGAAUUAACUUAGGGUCUCUUCCAACUCAGCAAUUCUAUGAGGCAGGAUACCAGCGGCUGGUGAUUGCAGAGUGCUAUGGUGCCCCCACAGACUCCACCAUCCCUGCCUCAGAGUUUCCAUUUGUCUAAUACUAUUCCGUUUGAUUCCUGUGGCAUUUAAGAAGUCUGGCCAUAUAGGCAGCCGGUCCUCCUGCCGGCUUUCAUCGUGAUUUUUUAUCGUGAUUCCCACCAUCCUGAAGCGCAGGCAGGAAGGGAUCAGCGAGGGCUGGGCUGCGGGGUCUGUCUUCAUCAGCACCGGCUGAAGGGGGAGGCCUGCCAGCAUAUGUGGGUACCUUGUUGGCACUGGCUGGAAGGGUCACUGGUGCAUUCCUGCCCCUACCCACCCACUUGCCUCCUCACCUUCCUUGCCCUGCCUUUCGCCGUUCCUUUCCUGCUGUUUUUAAUCUCCACUUGUAAACCAUCAAGAUUGCCUUACCGCAGAUAGGCCCACUCAAGCCACUGCUACCCUUUGGAACUCCCUGCCUCUUGAUACCAGGCAGAUGCCUUCACUGUACUCUUUUCGGUGCCUGCUAAAAACAGUCUUGUUUAGACAAGCCUACCGAGAUAUUUAAGGGACGCGGGUGGCGCUGUGGGUAAAACCUCAGUGCCUAGGACUUGCCGAUCGUAUGGUCAGCGGUUCGAAUCCCCGUGGCGGGGUGAGCUCCCGUCCUUCGGUCCCAGCUCCUGCCCACCUAGCAGUUCGAAAGCACCCCUAAGUGCAAGUAGAUAAAUAGGUACCGCUUUAUAGCGGGAAGGUAAACAGCGUUUCCGUGCGUUGCGCUGGUGCAGGCUCGCCAGAGCAGCUUCGUCACGCUGGCCACGUGACCCGGAAGUGUCUGCGGACAGCGCUGGCCCCCGGCCUCUUAAGUGAGAUGGGCGCACAACCCUAGAGUCGGACACGACUGGCCCGUACGGGCAGGGGUACCUUUACCUUUACCGAGAUAUUUAGAAAACUGAUGUGAGUUUUUAAUCUUCUUUGAGUCUGUUGUUAUUUUAUCUUUUUGAAAGUUUUAAGUUGUUGUUCUUACUGAUAAUUUUGUUGCUUUGUCUUUUUUUUUUUUGUAAGCCGCUUUGAGGCUUGUUUGUUUUGCAAUCAAGCAGCGCAUACAUUGUAGGAAAUAAAUAAACGUUAAACCACCCUGGGCGUUUCAAACUGAAGGGCGGUAUAGAAAUGUUUCAAAUAACCCAAGAUGUUGUUCCUCUUUACUUUAGGUUGUGAAGACAGGGUUGGAACAAGGAAACGAAGCUGGCUACCUUGCAGAAUCCCAGGUAAGCCUUUUAUUGCCUGUCACUUUGGACAUUGAACUUCGUAGUCUGUGCUUAAAGGGAGACGGACUGACGGACUCGUUGAGAGAUGUAGUGUUAGAUAAGAAGGUCCCCCUGCCCUUGCCAGCAAUCUGUACGAAAUAAUCACCUCCGAAUGCCUCAAACAAGUCACCGUAUUUUUCGCUCCAUAAGACGCACCUAGUUUUUAGAGGGGGAAUGCAAGGAAAAAAAUAUUCUUUAAAGGGAGCGCUGAGCAGAGCCUGUCUGCAUCCCAGGCUCUGCUCAGCACUCCCUUUCACGAGCCGCGUGGAGCGUGUGUGCGGCGCUUGCAGGCUUUUCCCGAGGAGGGAGAAGGGACUGACGGGCUGCCCUCCUCACUCCUCGGGGAAAAGCCCCCGUGAGCCGCACACACGCUCCACGCAGCUCUUUAAAGGGAGCGCUGAGCAGUGCCUCCCACCUGCAUUCGCUCCAUAAGACGCACACACAUUUCCCCUUACUUUUUAGGAGGGGAAAAGUGCUUCUUAUGGAGCAAAAAAUACGGUAAACCACAAACGACAAACCUUUGCAUGAAGUCCUGAUCUGCCUGGCUCAGUUUUCUCGUGGUGGGGUGGGGUGGAGGCUGAGAAAAAGACUUGAUUCCCCCCUUAGCAACCCUCCCUUGGGACUUCACCAGGGGGAAGCCCACCUCAUGGUUGCAAGAGCUUCUCAGCAAGAGGCAUCCCAUUCAAAUCACAGCAAAGGCCUUAACUGUUCACAUGGUGUCUGAUCACAAGGCCUGGGUGCUCAGAGGCCCUGUUCAGGUUUCCAGUGAGUCCACAGUGUUGUCUUGGUGCCAAAUGUCACACCAAAGUCCCAUGUUUUUUGCUGGGGGGCUUGUAGAAGAGGGUGGGGAGGAGGACCAGGCGGCCGGGAGAAGGAGGGGGCUUGGGAAGACUGGGAAGGGCAAGAGCAGGCUGGGCAUGCAAGGCCACUGUGAUGGGUCAAGGAGGGGCAGGGUUUGUAGGAAAAGGAAAGGAAGGGAGCCCAGGAGUGCUCCUGUGGCCUGGGAGUGGGGGAGAUGACGGCAGCAUCUAGGGCUGCGGUAGCUAGAUAACUCACUUAAGCUCCCAUUUGGAGUGACUUAAGGGAAGCAUGGGACGCGGGUGGCGCUGUGGGUUAAAGCACAGAGCCUAGGACUUGCCGAUCAGAAGGUCGGCGGUUCGAAUCCCCAUCACGGGGUGAGCUCCCGUUGCUCAGUCCCUGCUCCUGCAAACCUAGCAGUUCGAAAGCACGUCAAAGUGCAAGUAGAUAAAUAGGUACCACUCCGGCGGGAAGGUAAAUGGCGUUUCCGUGCACUGCUCUGGUUCGCCAGAAGCGGCUUAGUCAUGCUGGCCACAAGACCUGGAAGCUGUACGCCGGUUCCCUCAGCUAAUAAAGCGAGAUGAGCGCUGCAACCCCAGAGUCGGUCACAACUGGACCUAAUGGUCAAGGGUCCCUUUACCUUUACCUUUUAAGGGAAGCAGCUGCUGCUGGAGGGGAGCAGAGAAUUGUUACGUUUCCUUACAGUUUAUUUAUAUGCUACAUUUCAGCUGAAAAACACACCCCAAACAGCGCAAAUGCAAAUGCAAGCAGACCAAUGGAAAUGCAAUACAAUAAAAACAAAACAAAACCUUAACACUACAAAAGUCCAGGCGACCACCCACUUAUGUGGGGGUUAGGUUCCAGGCUCCCACACACAUAAGCAGAAUUGUGUAAAUUGGGGACGCCUUCUAAACUAAGGUUACCAGAUUUUUUCCAAUGAAUCCGGGGACACUUUUCAACUUCCUACUGAAUAGGUGGAUUUUGUCAGGGGACUGAUUUGUAAAUCUGGGGACUGUUCCUGGGAAAUGGGGACGUCUGGUAACCUUAUUCUAAACCCCCUUCAAACGCCCUCUCUGCCAUUCUCUCUGCCAUCCGUACCAAAAAUACCAUAUCCCAUAAUAUCUGCAACUAGAGUUGAAGCUGGAGGGAUGUGUGGAAAAGCAGCUGGUGCCUGCAUUGGCUCUUAGGCAGGGAGGCUGAGCAGCCGAAACAAAGUGCUUCUGCGAAUCAGGUCUCUUCAAGGUUUCUUUUGCCCUCACUGACACCCUCUUUGGGCUGGGAGGGGCUCUUCAUGAGAGGGUCUCUCUCCCACUAUUUCUGUGCUUGAAUUGAAUUGUUUAAUUAUUUCCUGCUGCUGCACAUAUAUUCGGUCAGGUGUGAGUAAAAGUAAAGGGACCCUGACCAUUAGGUCCAGUCGUGGCCGACUCUGGGGUUGCGGCGCUCAUCUUGCUUUACUGGCCGAGGGAGCCGGCGUACAGCUUCCAGGUCAUGUGGCCAGCAUGACUAAGCCGCUUCUGGCAAACCAGAGCAGCGCACAGAAACGCCAUUUACCUUCCCGCUGGAGCGGCACCUACCGUAUUUUUCACUCUAUAAGACGCACCUAAUUUUUAGAGGAGGAAAACAAGAAAAACCGCCAGAGCGGUACCUAUUUAUCUACUUGCCCUUUGAUGUGCUUUCGAACUGCUAGGUUGGCAGGAGUAGGGACCGAGCAAUGGGAGCUCACCCCGAUGCAGGGAUUCGAACCUCCGACCUUCUGAUCGGCAAGUCCUAGGCUCUGUGGUUUAGACCACAGCACCACCCGCAUCCCAGGUGUGAGUAGAAUGCGCUAAUAUGCAUUCAUUUUGCUGCCAUAAAGGCAGCAGAUUACUCCCCACAAAAACAUUAAGGGGAAUGCCAGAACCAGUCUUUUAAACGACUCUUCUUCCUUUGAAUGGUACCAGAGAAGAGGUGGGGCAAAGCUGGUGGAAUAGCUUUGCCCCCAAGGUCUGGCCCCUGUAGCAAAUCGUGUCUGGCAUCCUCAGCGACCCCUUGGCUUGAAUGCAGAAGCCGUUGGCCCUGGUCGCUUCGGCCUGCACUCUAGUGAGCUGUUCUCACCGCUGCUUAGAAGCUCCUGGGCUGGAAAGAAUAAUAACAGUGGGGAUUGGGGCCGCCUCUGCCGGGCCAAGUACAGUUUGCCACAGGCAGACAUUGGGCUGGCACCCUCUCACACAGACCCACGCAGACUUUGUAGCCUCCUUUUCUUUGGGGGUCCUAAUUUGCGGCUGGCUUCUCUUGACCACUUAACUUAUGCUGGACAGACGUUCCUCCUGAGUCGCUGGCCUCCAGAUACAGAAAGGUAACGUUAUGGGGGAAAGGCACCCCGCGCUUUUUCCAGUCUCCCUUCCCAUCCACCUUGUCAGUUCUCCAUUUCCUCCGCUGUUGUUCUCGUUCUGGGCUGCUGAUGUGGGAGGUUUGCAGUCACCUCUUGCCACUUCCUGGUUUCCCCACCGUUCAUCCACUUGUCACUUUACUUUCCCCUGUUUUGUUUCUCUUGGGAGAUGCAGGGUUGGACCCAGAAAGUCGCCUUUCUUUAUUCGUACGCCCUGGCUGCUCAGUUCCCUUUUGCGAGGGACCUGGAUGUGCGAAAGCAGCUUAUUAUAAACUGUGCAUAUUGUGUGCACUUGCAAAGUUUGCUGUAUUGAUGAAGCCUGUGUUCUAAUAAUAAUAAUAAUAAUAAUUAAUAAUAAUAAUUUAUUAUUCCACCCUGUGGAACACCCUCCCUUCAGAUGUGAAGGAAAUAAGCACUUAUCCUAUCUUUAAAAAACAUCUGAAGGCAGCCCUGUUUAGGAAGUUUUUAAUAUUUAAUGCUGUACUGUUUUUAACAUUUGAUUGGGCUUCCAACAGAACAGUAAAAUACAAUAACCUAUUAAACAUUCAAAGCUUCCCUAAACAGGGCUGCCUUCAAAUGUCUUCUAAAAGCUGGUAGUUGUUUUUUCUCUUUGACAUCUGGUGGGAGGGCGUUCCACAGGGCGGGCGCCACCACCAAGAAGGCCCUCUGCCUGGUUCCCUGUAACUUGGCUUCUCACAGCAGGGAACCACCAGAAGGCCCUCAGUGCUGGACCUCAGUGUCCGGGCUGAACGAUGGGGGUGGAGACGCUCCUUCAGGUCCACUGGACCGAGGCCAUUUAGGGCUUUAAAGGUCAGUGGCAACACUGAAUUGUGCUCGGAAAUGUACUGGGAGCCAAUGUAGGUCUUUCAAGACCGGUGUUAUAUGGUCUGGAAAUCUGUGUUUGCAGAUUUCCAGAUAGCUCGGGGACAUACAGAGAGACCUCUUCGUUUGAGCUCCUGCCCUGGGUCUUUAAUGUCAACACCCCACCGGAGACAGGAUUGUCCUGCAUCCCUGGUCCUCCUCUGAGUCCUUAACUUUCCCAGCCAUUGUCGCCCUCCGGCCUCCGCUGUUGCCGAUGCCUCGGUGGGCCUGUACGUUUCCCCCUCGUUGCUUUCCCUGGGGCAUGAUGCAGAGAUGGGCAGGCCCUCUGACCGCAGCUGUCUCUUCUCCCUUCCCCUGCAGAAUUUCGGGGACCUCGGGAUGACUUCUGAGUCCAAGGCGCUGAUCGGGCUGUACCACGGGCAGGUACAGUGCAAGAAGAACAAGUUUGGGCAGCCAAAGCAACCCGUCCAGUAAGUCCAGCUACAGGUGGGGUAGAUCUGUGGCAACCCAUUUGCCUCUGCAGGACGGGGGAGAGACUCGGGUUCAGUGGUUGGUCGCUCUUUAUCCCCCCCCCCGAAAAACACCCCUUCCUUCUCUCUGCAGGAACCUUGCCAUCCUGGGGGCAGGCCUGAUGGGCGCUGGAAUCGCCCAGGUCUCCGUGGACAAGGGGGUGAAGACCAUUCUGAAGGACACGGCCCUGGAGGGCUUGAGCAGAGGACAGCAGCAAGUCUACAAAGGGUAGGCUCAUUGGCAGCCCUGUGCUGUGUGGGGUCCAGGAGGGAUUGAAAUCUGAGCCUGAGCAGGGGCCUAGAAGGGGUGCGGUGCAGCUAAGCAGUGCAGAAUGCAUCUCCCUCGUUGCUGAGGACAAUUCAGUGCUUCUCCAUGUCUAAAAUGUAGCACUGUGGAGAGGGGCAGGGGAGUUCCAGGCUAGGCAAAGCUGCGCAUUUCUUGCUUUGGGCUUUAAGAACUUGGCCUGUGUGCGGCUUCUUCCUUCCUUCCCUCCCUCCCUCCCAGAUUGGGCUCUCCUUGCUCCCCACAAAAGAGGGACUGGUUUUUGUUUUUAAAAAAAUAAUCUUUAUUAAUUUAAAUUACACACUUAAACAAAGAAUUUACAAUCUCAUACUACAAAAAGAAAAUUAAAGAAAAGAAGAAAAUACAGAAAAAAGAGAGGAGAAAACAAAUUUACGUACAUAAAAAAAAUUAAUCUUCCUAAUUAAUACUUAAUCAAACACUUAAAUAAAAAAGACUUCUAACAAAAUGAGUCUUCCAAUCAUUCUCAUUGUACUGUUUAUACUGUCGUUUUUUCCGCGCAGUUUUAUAUUCUUUAAUAUUGUUCCCGUCUACUCCACAAACGGUAUUUGUUGUGUUUGCCCCCUCCUGCAAAGGGGCUGGGGGGUUAGCUCCGAUGUGUGGAGGGUCCUCUCUUCCACUAUUCUGGCCUAGAGUUGAGAACACCUGGAAGGAGGGUGAAGCCAGGCCAGCCGCCUUCAUUAUAAGAAUUACAGAAUUCUGGAAGGGGCCCCCAAGGGGUCAUCCAGCCGAACCCCCUGCAAUGUUGAGGGGUCGCAGCACUUGGCCGGCUCCUUCCCCACCCAGGCCUUUGCUCAAGGCUCCUGUUUAGGGAAGCUUUUAAUGUUUGAUGCAUUACUGCAUUUUGAUAUUGUUGGAAGCCGCCCAGAGUGGCUGGGGAAGCCCAGCCAGAUGGGCGGGGUAUAAAUAAUAAAUUAUUAUUAUUAUUAUUAUUAUUCCGCCUCCCUCUCCUUUCCCAGCUUGAACGACAAAGUGAAGAAGAAGAGCCUGACGUCGUUCGAGAGGGACAUGAUCCUCAGCAACCUGACGGGGCAGCUGGAUUACAAGAACUUUGGGACGGCGGACAUGGUGAUUGAGGCCGUCUUUGAGGACAUCAGCAUCAAACACAAAGUGGUGAAGGAAGUGGAGGCGGUGAGUAGAAGGCUAGGCUGGGGGGGCCACUUGCGUGAGAGACCGGGGCUGUCUUCCAGAGGCUGCCCUUAACCGCUCCUGUGCCCGCACUGCCUCCCCACCCGCAGGGGGCAGCCUCCUUCCUUUGCAGGGGCUGGAGGUGCUCUCAGGAUUCUCCUCUGGUUCACCUGGUCCCUGUCCAGGCAGCAUGGUGGGUGCUGGGAAUUAUGGGCUGCCCCGAAGGUUGGGCAGUUAGCCCGGUGGCCGGGGGAGAGGUGAGCAUGUGACUGCUUGCACCACCUCCCGUGUAGACCUCUGCCCGUGGGCCACCAAAGUCAGGGACAGCAGUUCCCAGCUUUGGGGUGUUUCAGUCAUCCUGGUCUUCCAGCAUUUUGCAGUAGAGCCCAUGGCUGUGUGAAGGUUCUCAGGGGGUGUAUGUGUUAUUUAUUUCCGGUCUUGAUAGACCUACACUGGCUGCCAGUACGUUUCCGUGCACAAUUCAAAGUGUUGGUGCUGACCUUGAAAGCCCUAAACGGCCUCAAAGGCCCAGUAUACCUGAAGGAGCGUCUCCAUCCCAAUCGUUCUGCCUGGACACUGAGGUCCAGCGCCGAGGGCCUUCUGAUGGUUCCCUCACUGCGAGAAGCCAAGUUACGGGGAACAAGGCACAGGGCCUUCUCAGUGGUUGCACCCGCCCUGUGGAACACCCUCCCAUCAGAUAUCAAAGAAAUAAACAACUAUCUGACGUUUAGAAGAAAUCUGAAGGCAGCCCUCUUUAGGGAAGCUUUUAAUGUUUAACAGACCAUUGUAUUUUAAUACUUUGUUGGAAGCCACCCAGAGAGACUGGGGAAACCCAACCAGAUGGGCGAGGUAUAAAUAAUAAAUUAUUAUUAUUAUUAUUAUUAUUAUUAUUAUUAUUAUUAUUAUUACUAUUAUUAUUAUUAACUGCCUGCAAAUGCUGAUCAACAGUGGGACGGUCUCCCUCGGAAGCUGGCGGACUGUCCUUCCUUGGAGGUCUUUAAGCAGAGAUUGGAUGGCCACCUGCCAGUGAUUCUUGAGCUACAAUGGGCUGGACUAAAAUAGCAGCAGGCUAAAAAGAGAUUAGAACUCGCAUCAGCUUUCUAAACAUCUGGGUGAUCUUUUGCAGGCGCCGAAAACUGCACAGUGAAGGUGCCUUACUUGAUAUCAACAGGCAGGGAGUUCCAAAGUGUAGCCACACAAAAUAAUUGUGUUAUUACAGAUGCAGAACAGGUUGUUAUGUCACUAUCACAGCAGUGCCAGUUCUGCCAGUUGAAGCUGCCAGGUGGGCGCAUGUGGGGCAAGAUGACCUGUGGAAUUAUCCCAGAGUGGCAUGUUCCUCUCUGAAGAAGAGCGGUUAUUGUCAAAACGUUGCUAAUGGCUGUGAAACAGGAGCGGAGGUGAGGGCUGGGGUUUUCCGCAAACAGCUGGGUGAUCUAGGCAUUAAUGCCACGUAAAGACUGCAGUUAGACAGAGCGCCAGCCUCCUGGAUCCCUGGCCUGCCCCAUGGCAACACCCUUCAUGCCCCCAGCUACAGCCUUCAUGGGGACCUGUGGAUUCAGUGGCCACCAAAAACCCGCUGCCAACACCAACAAGGAACUGCAGGUAUCCGCUGUGCUUCCCCACGCAGCGGAGAUGGCGUGAAUUGGCUGCCCGUCCUCACAGAGCCUGUAUUGGCCUUGAGGCCUCUGCUGGUUGCAAUCCAAGCUCUUCAGUUGCAGGGGGAACCUCUGCCCCAAACUCCCUCUCCAGAACUCUCCAGGUUACAUUUUCUGAGAAUCCUCCAGAAAAACAAUCUCUCAAAGGACAUGUUAAUGGCAUUUUACCAUUGUACUGUGGAGAGUGUAUUAACUUACUGUCUGAGUGUGUGGUUUGGGAGCUGCACGGUCAAUGCUGUCCAGGGUUGUAAAGACUGUGGAGAGAAUAAUUGGGUGCACUCUUCCCACCUUGGAUCAAAUCUAUGCUUCCAGGUGCCAUAAGAAAGCUGCAGAGAUAGCGCAGGAUAGUGCGCACCCCGGAAAUGAUCUCUUUCAGCUUCUGCCUUCUGGAAGAAGGUCCAGGGUUAUAAAGACUAGGACUAGCCGCCUGAGAAACAGUUUCUAUCCAAAUGCAAUUUUGGUUUUAAAUGCAGUGUAAGGUAGUCUUUAUGUGAGUAUAUUGUAUUUAAAAAUGGGAUAUCAGAGUUUUUAGGGGGCUAACCAGGCUGGGAUAGCAGGCUUGUUGGUUUCUGAAUGUCUGAUGUAGAUUUUUUCAAUUUCGUUGUUCUGUAUGGGACAAUGACAAUAAAGAUUAUCAUAUUGUAUCGUAACCUAACUUGUGUGUUAUCUCCCCCAGGUGGUCCCCCCUCACUGCAUCUUCGCCAGCAACACAUCGGCGCUCCCCAUCAAUCAGAUCGCCUCUGCCAGCAAAAGGCCGGAAAAGGUGAGUCCUGGAUCUGGCUGCCAUCUUCUGUCUUCAUCCAUCCAUCCAUUCAUCAUACAUCAGGAGUCCUCAAACUUUUUCUGCAUGGGGCCGGUCCACUGUCCCUCAAACCUUGGGGUCAGGCGGACUAUAUUUCGCAACAACAAAAAAGAACGAUGAGCGGUGCGUGAAAGGGCUCCAGAGAGGGGCUGCUUUAAAUGGCGGCCGCUUGAGAAGGGCGCUCAGCCAACUGCAGCUCCUGUGUCUUGCGAGCGGCAGUGGUGGGAAGAUGAGCAGCGCGCAAAGGACUCCGGAGAAGGGCUGGCACCAACAAAGCCCAGCCCCCUUCCUUCUCUAGGCAGGGCGGGAAGCCAAGAGGAGGGAGGGAGGAGGCGCCGCUGCCGGGGGAGGGAGAGAGAAAAAACCCGCAGACCGACGAUCCAUGUGGCAAUUCCUGGACCAUCCACGGGCCGGAUUUAGAAGGCAAUUGGGCCUGAUCCGGCCCGCGGGUCUUAGUUUGCCGACCCAUGCCAUACAUCAUCCAUCCACCCAUUGCAUUUUUAUCCCACCUUUCCUCCAAGGAGCUCCAGGUGGUGUACGUUCGUCUCCUCCCCAUUUUAUUCUCACCACAAUCCUGUGAGGUAGGCUAGGCUGAGAGAGAAUGAUCGUACCAAGGUCACGCCCAGUGCGCCUCAUGGCUGAGUAGGAGGAUCUGAACCCUGGUCCCUCCCAGCUCUCCAACAGGGCCUAGGACCCUCGUACCUACGGGACGGCCUCUCCUGGUAUGCCCCGCGGAGGACCUUAAGGUCCAUAAAUAGCAACACCCUAGAGGUCCUGGGCCCUAAGGAAGUUAGAUUAGCCUCAACCAGAGCCAGGGCCUUGUCAACAGUGGUGGAACGCUCUGCCUCAUGAGACCAGGGCCCUGCAGGAUCUGAUUUCUUUCCACAGGGCCUGUAAGGCAGAGUUGUUCCGCCUGGCCUUUGGCUUGGAAGCAACUUGAUCCCCUCCCCCUCUUUCCUUUCUCCUCCUGUGAUGGAACUCCCAUUUGGGGACUUCCCUGGCUUUUUUCUGGCCCACGUAGGACCAGUCUGGAUAGUUGGCCUUGGUGAAGAUUUGACAUUUUCAUCCCCCAAAAAAGUUUUUGAUUUGAGUUCCUACUGAAAUGAGGCUGCAUUUUAAUGUUGUACUUUAAUCUUGUUUUUAAGUUGUAUUUUAAUCAAUUGUUUUUAUACCUUGUGUUAGCCGCCCUGAGCCCGGUCUUGGCUGGGGAGGGCGGGGUAUAAAUAAAUUUUAUUAUUAUUAUUAUUAUUACUACUACUACUAUUACACCACACUGCCUUGCAUCCCGCCCUGACCUUACCUGUCUUGGUCCUCCAGGUGAUUGGGAUGCACUAUUUCUCCCCCGUCGACAAGAUGCAGCUCCUUGAGAUCAUCACCACAGACAAAACGUCCCCGGACACGGCAGCCGCUGCAGUCGCCGUGGGCCUCAAGCAAGGGAAGGUCAUCAUUGUCGUGAAGGUGAGCUCUGUUUUGGUUUCCAGGUGGAUCAAGAAGGGCAGAGGCUAGACCAGCGAUUCCAGAAGGGGGUGGUAGUGUUUCCUUCCAAUUCCGAGGGGGCUUGCUAGGAGGCAGGGGGUUGGCAGGGGGAACUUGAGGUGUAAAGGAUCUCCAGGCUUUGAAAAGCUGGCAUUGCCAGAUCUAGUUCGUCCAUUUUGUGAAAUUACCUGGGAAGGCAGCCCAUCUAGGAAAAGGAAGACUCAGACCCUAAACCUCUGCUACCUUGCGGGAUAUCUUUGCAAGAAGAAAAGGCCACUAGAAUACUGGUGGCCAAAAAUUGGAAGAGUGAGGAGACUCCUUCAAUCUCAGAGUGGCAAAUCAAAUUUUGCGAAUAUCUUGAACUAGCCAAGAUGACAGCAUCAAUCAGAUUGCAACAAAAACAAAAAUUAAGAAAGGAAUGGAAAUGUGUUGAAGAAUAUAUUGUACAUCAACCUUCUGAUCAGCAAGUCCUAGGCUCUGUGGUUUAACCCACAGCGCCACCCGCGUCCCUAUAAGCCCCAUGUUACACCGCCCCCAAACUACACCACUCGUACAUCACGGUUACAUCAUGAAAGGGGAGGUCUGGUGGCAGUAAUCUGAGCAUCCUGGACCCUGCCCCAUGGUUCCUCUUGCCCUCCACCAAACAGCCAUCAAGUGGAACAACAGAGAUAUUUACAUUUCCCUGUUUCCCAGCCAAGUUCUUCACACCCUUAUUUCUGGAACAGCUACCUGUCUGGCACUCAGGUAUCCGGAUGCCAGGAAUUAUCCCGCAGGCAGAGGGGCUGCUGAGUAGCUGAGCUCACAUGUCUAUAGGAAUUUCUGAAGUUUUCCCUGUGAGCCAGUACAUAGAUACAUUUAUCAGUGAACUCUUACAUUUGGUAUCGUGCAGCAAAGGCCCUUUGAAUAGAUAGGAAGAAACUGUGACAAAGUGUUUUGUGGGGAUAAAUCACAAAAGUCACAAAAGUGAUUGUGCUGGUUUUGGUAGUGGGCUGCAUGUGCAUGAUAUCUGCUGGAGGGGCAACCCCCCCCCCCAAAAAAACCUAUACAUAAAUCCCUGCAACAAAGCUGAAUAACAAAUGUGUUUAAGAUAAUUCUUUUAUUGUUAAUAUUGAUUGCCACUGUCAAUAGCUGACAGUCCCCGUCCCCCCACGUGUCGGGAGCAGAUGGUUCUGCAUCUAGCAAGACUAGUGUCCUGCGGGUGGUCAGAGUCUCUGCUGCCCUGCCCUCCUUGGCAGACUUGGCCAUCAGCAUUGCUCCAUCUAGCUCCAUCCACCUACACUGACUGGCAGCAGCUAUCCGGGGUUUCAGGCAGGGCACCUGGGGAUUGGGCCUGGCGCUUUCUUCUUGCAAGGCAGGACACACACACCCCCCGAGCUACAAUGCUUCCUGGCUUCAUCUUCCUGCUUUCCCCCCACAGGAUGGCCCGGGCUUCUACACAACCAGGUGUCUCGCACCCAUGUUGGCCGAAAUCGUCCGAGUCCUCCAGGUGGGUGUCGGUUGCCAAGGGUGGGGUUUCUGGAGCAUCUUCCUAAUGGUGCUCUUGGGGAGAUAUGGUGGAUGGGGGGGGGGAGUCUCUGUACUUCGAGACUUGCAAACAGGUGGGCUCAGCACAGCCGCUGGGGCUGGGGCUGUUGCGUUUGGUUUCCUCUGCCCCCAGCCUUCACUGCCCCGAGAAGCUCUGAAUCCAGGCAGAGGAGGAGGACCCUCCCGGAGAGCCCCCACUUGGCCCUGUGGGCCUGCGAGGUGUCUUUGCUGGAUGAAGCGGUUAAACGAUGCUAGUUAACCUGCGGAACUCCACAGGAGGCAGGGACGGCCGCCAACUUUGUGGUUGAGAGGAAAGGCAAAUGAGAGGCGAAACAAUAGGAGUUUUUUUUGUUAUUAUUUAUUAGAUUUACAUACCGCCCCUCGUCACAAGAUCUCAGGGCGGUUCACGGGACAAAAUUAUGCCUGACAUGGAGAAAGGGGAUGCAGAAAGGUUCAUCUUUCGUUCAGCCCGGACACUUGAAGUCCAGUGCUGAGGGCCUUCUGGCGGUUCCCUCACUGCGAGAAGCCAAGUUACAGGGAACCAGGCAGAGGGCCUUCUCGGUGGUGGCACCCGCCCUGUGGAACGCCCUCCCACCAGAUGUCGAAGAGAAAAAUAAAUACCAAACUUUUAGAAGACAUCUGAAGGCAGCCCUGUUUAGGGAAGCUUUUAAUGUUUGAUGCAUUGCUUUAUUUUAAUAUUGUGUUGGAAGCCGCCCAGAGUGGCUGGGGAAGCCCAGCCAGAUGGGCGGGGUAUAAAUAAUAAAUUUUUAUUUUAUGAUUAUUAUAUCUCCCUCUCUCAUAAGACUAGACAUCACAGACAUCCAAUGAUGUUGAAGGUUAAGGACAGGUUUCCCUCUGGGGCGUCAGGUUGGCCAGUGUGGGAAUAGGCUCCCGGAAUAGAUGGGCCCCUGGCCUGAUCCAGCUGCAAACUCCUCUUUUGUCCUUAUGGGACGGGCCCUUCCUGGCCCUCCUCUUGCCCUUCCCCGGUCGUUCCCCCACCCCUCCGCCCCGUCACCGGCAGCAGUGCCUCCCCAAGCGCCCCCUGCUUUCCACCCGCCGCUGACCCACCUCUCUCUCCCUCUCAGGAAGGCAACGACGCCAAGAAGGUGGACGCCAUAUCCACUGGCUUUGGCUUCCCCGUGGGAGCUGCCACACUGAUCGACGAGGUGGGCGUUGACGUGGCCACGCACGUGGCAGAGGACCUGGGCAAGGCCUUUGGCGAGCGCUUCAAAGGGGGCAACGUGGAGCUGAUGAAGGCCAUGGUGGACAAGGGCUUUCUGGGUGAGUGUCUGAGCGACGGCCUCUUUCUGGAAACUUGCGUAUCGACAGCAGGCAAGGAACCAACACACCCUCCUUGCUUCCAUUUGGGGAACAAACUUCUUCCGGGCAAACGGGGCAGAACAAAUCCUGGGCACCUGGGUGUCGUGACCACAUCGGUCUCCCCCAGUCGCCACACUGGGCAACCGUCGAGCGGCUGUUGGGAUACUGCCGGGAAGACGGGGGCAUCGGGCAGGCCCCCAGCUGGCUCCAGCCACUGGCUGGCAGCCGGUCUCCCUUGGAACAGCAUCAAUCAGCGACACGAGCCUCAGAUACGUUUAGAGACCCAUGCACGCUCUGUCAGCAGAGUGUGUAAAUCAUCACACAGCAGAAGAGGCGGACAGAGAAAUGUGCAAGCAUACUUACAGCAUUUAUUCAGCAUAGUUCAGGAACAAAGGGAAAAACAUGUCUGCUUGCCUUCGUGUCCAGCAAAGCAGCAGUAUAGCAAAAGCAACGUACAAUGGAAGUUCCCAGCAAGCCUGUGCUGGAAGUAAACAGGCAUGUGACACUCAACAGUCAUGCCUGUACCCUUUUAAGGUAGACUGGAACUAUAUCCUAACAGCGGCAAAGGGCCAUUAGGGUGUUGAACUGGGACCUGGGAGAGACCCGGGUUCAAAUCUCCACUCGGUGGGUGUGUUUGGGAGCUAGUCACUGCCUCACUCAUUCGUUUUGUUUGUAUGCCGCUUUUCCACCAAAACAAAUCAUGCUCAAAGCGACUUACAGCAAAGAAGCAGGGAUGCAUUUUGAACACACAACACGAAAGCUUCUGAGCUGGCUCCCAGUCUCUGGGUUCAGUCUUUAAUUCUGCAAACAAGCCUGGAAUCAAUGGCUGUGGGAGGAGGUCCCCAGGCUCUCGCCUCCUCCUUCCUCUGCCACACACUUCUUCAUUCAUUCAUUCAUUCAUUGAAUUGGUAUACCACCCCCUACCCAGAGGUCUCUGGGCAGUUCACAAUAAAAACCACAUAUAUAUAACAUCAAAAAUAAAAAUAAUCCAAUACACCCCCAAAAGCCGCCUUUUAAAGGGUAUAGGAUGUUGAUUAACAUUUUUGCCUGGUGCCCAAAGGUUGUUAAUGAAGGCGCCAGGUGAACUUCCCUGGGGAGAGCAUUCCAUAGAUGGGGAGCCACUGCAGAGAAGGCCCUGCUCUCGUGUUGCCACCCUCCGAACCCCUCGAGGAGGAGGCACACGAAGGAGGGCCUCAGAAGAUGAUCUCAGGGUCCAGGUAGGUUCAUAAGGGGAGAGGAAGUCCUUGAGGUAUUGGGGUCCUCAGCCGUUUCCCUUCUUUCCAUUCCGGAGCAGAGGGUCCCCCACCGCUCCCCGCCCCUUUACACCUCUGUGCAACUUCUUUCGCAGGCCGCAAAGCCGGAAAGGGCUUCUACCUUUACCAGGAAGGUGUGAAGAACCGGAAUGUCAACACCGGCAUGGACGAAAUCUUGGAGAGGUUCAAAGUGGCCGCCAAGCCGGAAGUGUAAGUUCAAAGAAAGGAAGGCCUUCCUGAGUGAGGAAGAGACCAGAGCUGCGGAAUGAAGGCCCAGGAUGCUGGUCUGCCCUCAUUCCCCAACUGCAAACCAACAGGCGCAUCUGGCUUAAUUCUGAGUUGGGCAGCGGUCCAUCUUGGCUAGUUCUGUCCAUUCUGGCCGGCAGCAGCUCUCCAAACUGUCGGCUCAAGAAGGCACCUCUCCCAGUCCCGCCCUGUCCUAUCGGAGGUCUUCCAGACAUAUAUAUUUAAAGGUAAAGGGACCCCUGACCAUUAGAUCCAGUCGUGGCCGACUCUGGGGUUGCUGCGCUCAUCUCGCUUUACUGGCCAAGGGAGCCGGCGUUUGUCCGCAGACAGCUUCUGGGUCAUGUGGCCAGCAGGACUAAGCCGCUUCUGGCGAACCAGAGCAGCACACGGAAACGCCAUUUACCUUCCCGCUGGAGCGGUACCUAUUUAUCUGCUUGCGCUGGUGUGCUUUCAAACGGCUAGGUUGGCAGGAGCAGGGACCGAGCAAAGGGAGCUCACCCCGUCAUUGCGGGGAUUCGAACUGCCGACCUUCUGAUCGGCAAGUCCUAGGCUCUGUGGUUUAACCCACAGCGCCACCCACACAUAUAUAUUUACUUGGUGCUAAAUCACUUGAAGACUUCUUUGAAGAAAGCCAAACGGUGCAAUCACAUCUUCAUGUGUGUUUGACACGCGCGAUUUCAGCCAUACACGGUCAGAGGCAGACUGGUUGGGACUGUGCAAGUUAAAUCCAGGCCAGGUGGAGAGCUUGAGAGCUUUCUUCGCGCCAGGUCCCCUCGGGGUUACCUGGUGCAAAAAAGAGCUUUUAAGCUGCCUGCUUUACUUAAUGGGCAAGGCUUGCUCAAGGCUUGAGAUCCGGGAGUGCGCUCCACCUCACCCACAAGCCAUGGGGCAGUUCUGAGCAUCCAGUUAUGCGCUUUUCCCGUGUCUGUGCGAAACCCUUGCGACCGAACCGCUGCCUGAGAUGCGAUUGCACUGCACGUGGAUGUCACCUAAAACCUUAGUUUACUAAAACGCCAGUGUGAUUAGAGUGUGAUUAAAUGAUUAGAGCCAGUGUGGUGUAGUGGUUAAGAGCGGUGGACUCGUAAUCUGGGGAACCGGGUUCGCGUCUCCACUCCUCCACAUGCAGCUGCUGGGUGACCUUGGGCCAGUCCCACUUCUCUGAAGUCUCUCAGCCCCACUCACCUCACAGAGUGUUUGUUGUGGGGGAGGAGGGGAAAGGAGAUUGUGAGCCGCUUUGAGACUCCUUCGGGUAGUGAGAAAGCGGGAUAUCAAAUCCAAACUCCUCUUCUUCUACCUCCCCGGAGUUCUCUAACUGGACCCAGGUGCAGAAGUGGGUAGGAUUCAGUAUCGUGGUUCAGGACUAGAGUGGCACUGCUCAGCCCAGGGUCUUUGUUUCCAGGACCAUCUGACAGUCCUCUCACACACAAAUCCAUUUCUGGUCCCCACCCUUCAUUUUGGAAAACGAAUUUGGGGGUGGGAGAGGAGAGCUCUUUGGUUGUCCUUGUUUAAACCACCAGGAGUUGGACAUUUAUUCCUGCAUUGCCGGGGGUUGGACUAGAUGACCCUCGGCGCCCCUCUUCGAAAUCCUGGCUGAUCCAGCCACUCUGUGCUCCACGACUUCCCCAGUGGCCUUUCCCCUCGGCUGCUCCCUGAGCUGGAGAUGCUGUGGUCAAUGUUUGGGUUGGGUUGGGUUGGGUUGGGUUGGUUGGAUGGUAGAAAGCUGGUUGUGUUUGGGUUUGUGUAAAAGCUGUGGUCAUGGUUGGAGAAGAAGACUUUUUAAUAAUAAUAAUAAUAAUAAUUUAUUAUUUAUACCCCACCCAUCUGGCUGGGUUUCCCCAGCCACUCUGGGUGGCUUCCAACAGAACACUAAAAUACAAUAACCUAUUAAACAUUAAAAGCUUCCCUAAACAGGGCUGCCUUCAGAUGUCUUCUAAAAGUUUGGUAGUUGUUGUUCUCUUUGACAUCUGGUGGGAGGGCGUUCCACAGGGCGGGCGCCACUACCGAGAAGGCCCUCUGCCUGGUUCCCUGUAACUUGGCUUCUCGCAGUGAGGGAACCGCCAGAAGGCCCUCGGAGCUGGACCUCAGUGUCCGGGCAGAACGAUGGAGGUGGAGACGCAAGAAUAAAAGCAGCAAUACUCUGCAGUAAUACUCUUUCUCAAAGGCUCUUCUGUGCCAACUAAGGUCUGAGGACUAGGCAGAGGAGUAAAAAGGAGGUCAGAACCUUUUCUUUUUCAAACACUGACAUCUGCCUCCCGGGGACCUUCUGCCUGGCUUCUCCCCCGACUGACGGCUGUCUCUGCUCUCCCUCUCUCUCUCCAGCUCCUCGGAGGAAGACAUUCAGAUGCGCCUGGUGUCCAGGUUUGUGAACGAGGCGGUCCUGACCCUGCAAGAAGGCAUCCUCAGCAACCCCGUGGAGGGGGACAUCGGGGCUGUGUUCGGGCUGGGCUUCCCCCCCUGCCUGGGAGGUAAGAAGGCCCAGGAUCCCCUUCGUGCUUCUGCUAAAUGCGUAUCGUCAGUCAUAGCUCCCUCGUCCUCAGCUAGGCUGUCUACCAUUCAGAGGAAAACUGGCCGGCUUAAGAAGAGCCUGCUGGGUCAGGACAAGAGGCCAUUUGGUCCCUCAUCCUGUUCUCACAGUGGCUGACCAGGUGCCCAUUCUGGGAUGCCAGCAAGGAGGAUUUGAGUGCAAGAAUGCAGCUUUGAUGAAGAAACAUUGCUAAUGUUGACCAUGGAGCCAAAACAGCCUUCCUGGCUAGUGGCCAUCAAUAGCCCUUUCUUCCUCCUUGUAUUUGUCCAGUCUUCUUUUAAACCCAUCCAGGUUGGUGGCCACCAGAGCUUCCUGUGGGAGGGAGUUCCAUAGGUUAACUCUGCGCUGCAAAAAUGAGUCAAUAUAUCUUUGACCAGGGCCUGAGAGCAGCAGCCUUGGCGCCAACAGGGUUGCCUUAUCUCAGCUGCUAGCUUGGGGUCGGCUGCAGAGGUUGCCUUCUGCCCACUCCCAAUAAUAAUAAUAAUUUAUUUAUAGCCCAUCCAUCUGGCUGGGUUUCCCCAGCCACUCUGGGCAUGGCUCCCAACAGAAUAUUGUUGUUGUUUAGUCGUGUCCGACUCUUCGUGACCCCCUGGACCAGAGCACACCAGGCACUCCUGUCUUCCACUGCCUCACGCAGUUUGGUCAAACUGGUAGCUUCAAGAACACUGUCCCACCAUCUUGUCCUGUGUCGUCCCCUUCUUCUUGUGCCCUCCAUCUUUCCCAACAUCAGGGUCUUUUCCAGGGAGUCUUCUCUUCUCAUGAGGCGGCCAAAGUCUUGGAGCCUCAGCUUCACGAUCUGUCCUUCCAGUGAGCACUCAGGGCUGAUUUCCUUAAGAAUGGAGAGGUUUGAUCUCCUUGCAGUCCAUGGGACUCUCAAGAGUCUUCUCCAGCACCAGAAUUCAAAAAACAGAAUAUUAAAAAGUCGAUAAAAGAUCAAACAUUAAAAGCUUCCCUAAACGGAUCUCCCAAAAAGGGCAGCUGCCUGAUAAGUCCUUUUUGCUGGCAUGAAGGAUUUUUGAAGCAGCCACAUGGAAAUGCCUUGAUCCCUGGGGAGAGACUGGGGGGGGGGGGAGGCCGGCUGUCUAGUUGCCCAGUGGUUCCAGUGACCAAGAUGGGGAGUCUCUCCUGCCCCCCUUCCCCUGUUCCCCUAUGGGAGAGGAGGUCUUGCACUUUGCAGCCCUUGGCUCUGCGAGGACAUUUGCAGUUCCGGGGAGAGCCCUCUGCGGGCGGCGGGGGUCCCCGCUGGCACAGGAGACCUUGCUUAAUUCCCCCCCCCCCCAAUCUUUCACUGCAGGUCCCUUCCGGUACGCAGACUACUACGGGGCCCAGCGGCUGGUAGACCGCAUGAGGAAGUACGAGGACGUCUACGGGAGCCAGUUCACGCCCUGCCAAUUGCUGCUGGACCACGCGAAGGACUCCGGCAAGAAGUUCCACAAGUGAACGUGCCUCUGGCGCCACCGUCCGUCCGACCCCCGGGAAAGGCGGGGGGAGGCAGGAGGCCUGCAGGAGAGUCUCCCGCCUGUAGCUCAGGGGGUUGUGGGUCUUAACCCUCCAAGUGCCUUAGCCGCGCAGGCACUGUCUCCCCAACCCCGGCUCCGACCCCCUCGUCAGGCCGAAGGUCAGCCUCCGAUUAAUCCAGGGUCUUCUCUGCCUGGCCUCAGCCUGGCGCCCCGCCAAGCCUGCCAGUGGCUUCGGGUCUCGGGCCAACGGCAUCUGAUUCUGGGCCCAGGACUGGCCUGCGGUCGUAACCUGCACCCAAAGAACCCCUAACAAUAAAACCCCAGUGUCUUGUUCUGUGGGUGAGCUCUGG